AUGGGAUGUUUUUAUGAAAACACAAGUGCAAGGAAUAUGGAGAACGUUUGGAAAUACGUGAUGGAUGAUGAGGUUAGAAGGAUUGGCAUUUUUGAAGGGGGGGGAAUCGGCAAAACAACCAUCACGCAUCACAUUAACAAUGAACUCUUGAAUGAAGCUUGUAACUUUGAUGAUGUUAUUUGGGUCACAAUAUCUAAAGCAUUCAACAUUAGAAAUCUACAGAGGCAGAUAGCCAAGGCACUGAAUCUUGAUUUGUCGAGUUAUAGGGAUGAAACAAAAAGAGCAUUAGAACUGUAUACAAUGCAUUUCCAAAAGAAGAGGUAUGUGGUCAUCUUAGAUGAUCUGUGGAAAGCAUUUCCUCUAGAUAAGGUGGGUAUUCUGAAGCAUCCAUAUCUAAUGGAUGUAAACUAG